AUUUUGAAAACAAUUUGAAGUAAUCAUGCGGAAAUGCUAAAGUACACUGGCUGACAAUAUUUUUAUUUCAGCGAGAAAUUCCAAACCCUAGUUGUGAUAUUUGCACAAGUAGUGUCUUCCUUGCUUUGUAACCUGCCGACGAAAGUUGUGCGCCAUCUAUUCUGAUUAUGGUUGUAAAUUCUCCCUCACCUCUGCCGGAGAGAGCCAUCUACGGUUUUGUUCUUUUUCUGGGAUCACAAUUUGGCUUUUUUUUGUAUUUGGUAUGGGCGUACAUUCCUGAUGAAUGGCUUUAUUCAGUAGGGCUGACAUACUGGCCUCAAAAGUAUUGGGCCCUUGCUAUGCCUAUCUAUCUGCUAGUUGCACUGACUAUUGCAAUUGUGUUGUUGUUUGGGUUGAACAUGAUCAAUACCGCUCCACUCAGCUCAGUGGACAACAUUACAGAUAUCUACACCAAAGGACAGCAUAUGGAUGAUUGCCAGAAAAUGGGUUUGCCCAGAUUAAAGGAUGUCUCCAUCAGUGAAGUCAACAGAAUGUUCUAUUUAUCAAAACAGAGUUGAAAGAAAUACAAAUACAAUGUUGUUGUUUUUGAA